UGCAUGGAGUGGUUGGGUGGCAGAGACGUGGGAGUGACCAGGGUUCACGGAGGAAGGAACCAAGUGACAUCCCAAGGGUUGCAUAAACUCCCAGGCCGCCAAAGAGGACAGAUACUGUGGAACCUAGAAACCAUUGAGUGCCGCUGUAUAGGAAAGAAGCCGGAGCCCUUCCCCGAGCCCGCUGGAACAUAGAGGCUCGAAGCACCGAUUGACCAUGAUGCGCACACCCUGCUUGCUGCUGCUGCUGCUGCCGCCGGUGCUGUGCGUCUCUGAGACCUCACUAGAGCCCUGCGAAGUAGAUGACGACGAUUUCCGCUGCUUCUGCAACUUCACGGAUCCGCAGCCCGACUGGUCCAGCGCAUUCCAGUGUAUGAUUGCCGUCGAGGUGGAGAUCCACGGCGGCGGCCGCAGCCUGGAACAAUUUCUAAAGGGCGCAGACGCGGACCCAAAGCAGUACGCUGACAUGGUCAGGGCCCUGCGUUUGCGGCGGCUCACCGUGGCCUCUGCACAGGUUCCUGCUGUGCUGGUGACCGCCUUCCUGCGGGCGCUGGGGUACUCCCGCCUCAAGGAACUGACGCUGCAGGACCUGGAGGUAACCGGCACGCCGCCGCCGCCGCCUCUGGAAGCCACUGGGCCUGCGCUGUCCACCCUCACCCUCCGGAACGUGUCGUGGGCAACGGGAAGUGCCUGGCUCGCCGAACUGCAGCGGUGGCUGAAGCCGGGCCUCAAGGUACUGAACAUCGCGCAGGCACACUCGCUUGCUUUUUCCUGCGCACGACUCCGCACCUUCCCGGCGCUCACCACCUUAGACCUAUCCGACAAUCCCGGACUGGGAGAGCACGGACUGGCUUCGGCUCUCUGUCCGCAAAAGUUCCCGGCCCUCCAGGCUCUCGUCUUGCGCAACGCGGGAAUGCAUACGCCGAACGGCGUGUGCGCGGCGAUGGCGGUGGCGGGUGUGCAACCCCGCCACCUAGACCUCAGCCACAACUCGCUGCGCGCUACCGCCCCAGGCGCUCCUGCGUGUGUCUGGCCCAGCGCACUGGACUCUCUCAACUUGUCCUUCUCUGGGCUGGGGCAGGUGCCUAAGGGACUACCCGCCAGGCUGAGCGUGCUCGAUCUUAGGUGCAACAAGCUGAACAGAGAGCCUCGGCUAGAAGAGCUGCCUAAGGUGAGCAACCUGACACUGGACGGGAAUCCCUUUCUGGACCCCGAAGCUCCCAAGUACCAAGAAAACCCGACGACGUCUGGCGUGGUCCCAUCCUGUGCGCGUUCGGGCCUGGCGGUGGGGAUGUCAGGAACUCUCGCGGUGCUUCAAAGGGUGGGGGGCUUUGCCUGAGGCCCAGGAGAGACCAAUGAAUUGCCUCAGAUUGCCCUGCUUCCAGCAAAGCCGCAUCAGGACGUUUUAACCAACCAACCCGCAGCCCUAUCUUCAUUAAAAUCUGGAACAACGA